AUGUCUUCAAUGUGGUCUGAAUAUACAAUUGGUGGGGUGAAGAUUAACUUUCCUUAUAAAGCUUACCCGUCACAACUGGCUAUGAUGAAUUCUAUUGUUAGAGGAUUAAACAGUAAGCAACAUUGUUUGUUGGAGAGCCCCACAGGAAGUGGGAAAAGCUUAGCCUUACUUUGUUCUGCUUUAGCAUGGCAGCAGUCUCUUAGUGAGAAGCUAGUGGAUGAGGGCUUAAGUAAAAAGGCUGAAGUACCACUGUCAUGUUGCUGUACAUGCCACUCAAAGAAUUUUACUAACAAUGACAUGAACCAUGGAACAUCACACCAUUUCAGCAGUCCAAGUACGCCACCUUCUGAAAGAAAUAUUACUUCAUCAACUUGUCAAGAGAAGCUAGUGGAUGAGGGCUUAAGUAAAAAGGCUGAAGUACCACUGUCAUGUUGCUGUACAUGCCACUCAAAGAAUUUUACUAACAAUGACAUGAACCAUGGAACAUCACACCAUUUCAGCAGUCCAAGUACGCCACCUUCUGAAAGAAAUAUUACUUCAUCAACUUGUCAAGGAUGGGUGGCCCUGGCUCAUCCCCUCAAUGACUCUAAAACUCCCUUGGUGGCUUUCUUGGGGGCAGGGACCUCCCUGUCUAAAAGAACAUUAAACCCACUGCCAUCAAGUCAACAGAUUAGAAAACGUCAUUGUUUUGAAAAAGAAAUACACCAUUUGGAUGGAAAACUUGCUUCAGGAAAGGCCAUAAAACUCAACUCUCCAUCAGGAAAUAUAAACUCCUUUUCCCUGCAAACUCCCCCUGGCCAUUGUUCUAGGUGCUGCUGUUCUACUAAACAAAGAAACAGUCAAGGUUCUUCAAACGCUAUUAAGAAGGAUCAUGGAGGGAAAUUGAAGAUACCCAAAAUAUAUUUUGGGACACGCACACACAAACAGAUUGCUCAGAUUACUAGAGAACUCCGGAGGACAGCGUACUCCAGGGUCCCUAUGACUAUUCUUUCUAGCAGGGAUCAUACUUGUGUCCAUCCUGAAGUAGUUGGUAACUUCAACAGAAAAGAAAAAUGCAUGGAAUUGCUAGAUGGAAAAAAUGGAAAAUCCUGCUAUUUUUAUCAUGGUGUUCAUAAAAUUAGUGAUCAACACACAUUACAGAUUCUCCAAGGGAUGGACAAGGCCUGGGAUAUAGAAGAACUUGUCAGCCUGGGGAAAAAACUAAAGGCAUGUCCAUAUUACACAGCACGAGAACUAAUAGAAGAUGCUGACAUAGUGUUCUGUCCCUACAACUAUCUUCUAGAUGCACAAAUAAGAGAAAGUAUGGAUAUCAAUCUGAAAGAACAGGUUGUCAUUUUAGAUGAAGCUCAUAAUAUUGAGGAUGGUGCUCGGGAAUCAGCAAGUUACAGUGUAACAGAAGUUCAACUUUGGUUUGCUCGAGAUGAAUUAGAUAGUAUGGUAAACAAUAAUAUAAGGAAGAAAGACCAUGAUCCCCUCCGAGCUGUGUGCUAUAGUCUCAUUAAAACACACAAACCUAAUUAUGGUGAUGGAAAUUUAAAUAUGGGACAUUUUUCUGCUGUCCUUCAAAAAGAAGAAAAAGUCUCACCAAUUCCUGGUAAGCAGGAAUCAAGAGAAAUACCUAUUAUUAGUGCUUCAACUCAAAUAGUGCUCAAAGGACUUUUUAUGGUGCUUGACUAUCUUUUUAGGCAAAAUAGCAGAUUCGCAGAUGAUUUUAAAGUUGCUAUUCAGCAGACUUACUCUUGGACAAAUCAGUCUGAUGUUUCAGAUAGAAAUGGGCUCUUUGCUCUCCCAAAAAAUAAGAAACGUUCUCGACAGAAAACUGCAGUUCAAGUGCUUAAUUUUUGGUGCUUAAAUCCAGCUGUGGCAUUUUCAGAUAUUAAUGGCAAAGUUCGGACAAUUGUUUUGACAUCUGGAACAUUAUCACCAAUGAAAUCCUUUUCAUCAGAACUUGGUGUUACAUUUACUAUCCAACUGGAGGCUAAUCAUGUCAUUAAUAACUCACAGGUUUGGGUUGGCACCAUUGGAUCAGGCCCCAGGGGUCGGAAUCUCUGUGCUACCUUCCAGCACACUGAAACAUUUGAGUUCCAGGAUGAAGUGGGGGCUCUUUUGUUAUCUGUGUGCCAGACUGUGAGCCAAGGAAUUUUGUGUUUCUUGCCAUCUUACAAGUUAUUAGAAAAAUUAAAAGAACGUUGGCUGUACACUGGCUUAUGGCAUAAUCUGGAAUUGGUGAAGACAGUCAUUGCAGAACCACAAGGAGGAGACAAAACUGAUUUUGAUGAAUUACUUCAAGUAUACUAUGAUGCAAUCAAACAAAAAGGAGAAAAAGAUGGUGCACUCCUGGUAGCAGUUUGUCGUGGUAAAGUGAGUGAGGGUCUGGAUUUCUCAGAUGACAAUGCCCGUGCUGUCAUAACAAUAGGAAUUCCUUUUCCAAAUGUGAAAGAUCUACAGGUUGAACUAAAGCGUCGAUACAAUGACCAGCAUUCAAAACCAAGAGGUCUCUUACCUGGUCGUCAGUGGUAUGAAAUUCAGGCAUAUAGGGCUUUAAACCAGGCCCUAGGUAGGUGUAUUCGGCACAAAAAUGAUUGGGGAGCUCUUAUUCUAGUGGAUGAUCGCUUCAGAAGUAACCCUAGUCGCUACAUAUCUGGACUUUCUAAGUGGGUACGUCAGCAGAUUCAGCACCAUUCAACAUUUGAAAGUGCACUGAAGUCCUUGAGUGAAUUUUCCAAAAAGCAUCUUCAGGUCAUUGAUGUAUCCAUAGAGCAUAGAAAGUCUAUACAGGACAAUGAGGGUAUUCCUGAAGAGGCCUAUCUGAACAACAAUACCUCAGCUUCUUUGUUGGAAGUAGAAAGUCAUCUGUCACCAGAAAGUCCUAAGGAAAAUGAUGCAGAAAUGUAUGUCCAGGAGCUCACGAGUCCUAAAAUGAUCAUUAAAAAUCCACCUCUACCAAGUGUCAUCAUCUCCAGAAAGGAGAAAAGUGAUCAAAUAUUUUCGGAAGAGUCUGUCCAUGCAAUAAAAGGAGAAAAAAAUGUGAUUUCCAGAUCCACAAGCCCAACGUUCAACAAACAAGCAAUGAGAGUCAGUUGGUCAAGCGUUCCUUCUUUUGGACAGUAUCUGCCUGGUAAAAUGCUGACUGCAACACCAGAGGUCAGAAAGUCAGAGGAUGGUACCUCCAUUACUUCUACUAUCAAAAUAGAAAAGAUGGAAAAUAAAACUCUUUUACCAUUCACUGAUAAAUGUAACUCUUCAUCUCUGACUGUAAACACAUCACUUGGGCCAUGCCCUCAAACAGAAACCAUUAUUUCACCAAUAAAGAUUGGUGCUGCUUUUGCCAAAAUAAAUCAUUCCACACACCUGCUCUGCUGUGAAGAAACCUUAGAUCCGGACAUCAAAAUGUCUGUAGUAAGUAAAGAAGCUAAACUUUCCACUUCAAAUCGAGAUUUUGAAACAGAAGCAGAAGAUGAAUCUAUCUAUUUUACACCUGAACUUUAUGAUCCUGAAGAUGUAGAUGAAGAGAUAAAUGAACUAGUUGGAACAGAUAGAGGCAGUAGAUUGGCUAAUAAUUCAAAUUACAGUUAGUUGAAGACCUUUUUGAAAAUAGAACUAUGAAAGGAGUGGAUUCAGUCAGCACAAAUGAGAGCUGAGGAUUGAAACACAAAGUUGAAUAGAAUCAUACAUAUUGAAGAAAGUAAAGUUAGUAACAUUGGUGAUAAUAUAAAAACAGCUAAUCUUAGAAAAACUCAUGGAACAGAUACAAAGAACUUUUAACAGACUCCUUCCAAAAAUAAAGGUGUGUUCCUGAUAUUAGGUAAUGGUACUUAA